AUGUCAUUUCUCGUAGUUAUCCGUGUCUGGGUCACUGCUAACCCAACGAACAACGAGUUUGCAUUUGCAAGCGCUCAUCUCAUAUUCAUAGUCAGAUCUAAUUUGAAUCGUCUCGAUUGUGAAUGGACACCGUUGAUUGAAGUGGCGACAAAUGAAUACGAAUUGUCAUUUCUCGUAGUUAUCCGUGUCUGUGUCACUGCUAACCCAACGAACAACGAGUUUGCAUUUGCAAGCGCUCAUCUCAUAUUCAUAGUCAGAUCUUAUUUGAAUCGUCUCGAUUGUGAAUGGACACUGUUGAUUGAAUUGCCGAGAAAUGAAUACGAAUUGUCAUUUCUCGUAGUUAUUCGUGUCUGUGUCACUGCUAACCCAACGAACAACGAGUUUGCAUUUGCAAGCGCUCAUCUCAUAUUCAUAGUCAGAUCUUAUUUGAAUCGUCUCGAUUGUGAAUGGACACUGUUGAUUGAAUUGCCGAGAAAUGAAUACGAAUUGUCAUUUCUCGUAGUUAUUCGUGUCUGUGUCACUGCUAACCCAACGAACAACGAGUUUGCAUUUGCAAGCGCUCAUCUCAUAUUCAUAGUCAGAUCUGAUUUGAAUCGUCUCGAUUGUGAAUGGACACUGUUGAUUGAAUUGCCGGGAAAUGAAGACGAAUUGUCAUUUCUCGUAGAUAUCCGUGUCUGUGUCACUGCUAACCCAACGAACAACGAGUUCGCAUUUGCAAGCGCUCAUCUCAUAUUCAUAGUCAGAUCUUAUUUGAAUCGUCUCGAUUGUGAAUGGACACUGUUGAUUGAAUUGCCGAGAAAUGAAUACGAAUUGUCAUUUCUCGUAGUUAUUCGUGUCUGUGUCACUGCUAACCCAACGAACAACGAGUUUGCAUUUGCAAGCGCUCAUCUCAUAUUCAUAGUCAGAUCUGAUUUGAAUCGUCUCGAUUGUGAAUGGACACUGUUGAUUGAAUUGCCGAGAAAUGAAGACGAAUUGUCAUUUCUCGUAGAUAUCCGUGUCUGUGUCACUGCUAACCCAACGAACAACGAGUUCGCAUUUGCAAGCGCUCAUCUCAUAUUCAUAGUCAGAUCUUAUUUGAAUCGUCUCGAUUGUGAAUGGACACUGUUGAUUGAAUUGCCGAGAAAUGAAUACGAAUUGUCAUUUCUCGUAGUUAUUCGUGUCUGUGUCACUGCUAACCCAACGAACAACGAGUUUGCAUUUGCAAGCGCUCAUCUCAUAUUCAUAGUCAGAUCUAAUUUGAAUCGUCUCGAUUGUGAAUGGACACUGUUGAUUGAAUUGCCGAGAAAUGAAGACGAAUUGUCAUUUCUCGUAGAUAUCCGUGUCUGUGUCACUGCUAACCCAACGAACAACGAGUUUGCAUUUGCAAGCGCUCAUCUCAUAUUCAUAGUCAGAUCUAAUUUGAAUCGUCUCUAUUGUGAAUGGACACUGUUGAUUGAAUUGCCGAGAAAUGAAUACGAAUUGUCAUUUCUCGUAGUUAUCCGUGUCUGUGUCAUUGCUAACCCAACGAACAACGAGUUUGCAUUUGCAAACGCUCAUCUCAUAUUCAUAGUCAGAUCUAAUUUGAAUCGUCUCGAUUGUGAAUGGACACUGUUGAUUGAAUUGCCGAGAAAUGUAUACGAAUUGUCAUUUCUCGUAGUCAUUCGUGUCUGUGUCACUGCUAACCCAACGAACAACGAGUUUGCAUUUUCAAUUGCUCAACUCAUAUUCAUAGUCAGAUCUAAUUUGAAUCGUCUCGAUUGUGAAUGGAUACUGUUGAUUGAAGUGCCGACAAAUGAACGAGAAUUGUCAUUUCUCGUAGUCAUUCGUGUCUGGGUCACUGCUAACCCAACGAACAACGAGUUUGCAUUUUCAAUUGCUCAACUCAUAUUCAUAGUCAGAUCUAAUUUGAAUCGUCUCGAUUGUGAAUGGAUACUGUUGAUUGAAUUGCCGAGAAAUGAAUACGAAUUGUCAUUUCUCGUAGUUAUUCGUGUCUGGGUCACUGCUAACCCAACGAACAACGAGUUUGCAUUUGCAAGCGCUCAUCUCAUAUUCAUAGUCAGAUCUAAUUUGAAUCGUCUCGAUUGUGAAUGGAUACUGUUGAUUGAAUUGCCGACAAAUGAAUGA